UAUUUCUCAUGCAUCCUGAUUACGCUUACGGGGCUAUGGGUUGUCCACCACGUGUUCCACCCAAUAAAGAAGUGGUAUUUGUUGUUCAUUUGAUCGAUUAUGUUGAUGACGACGGCUGCGCACAAACAUAUCAAAAUCUCAACGAAGAGGAGAAACGGUUUAGCUGUGUGAAACCGUUUGUGAUGCAUAUGUUUGCGACUGCCAAAGGCUAUUGCAAUAAAUACAACUACAAACAGGCGAUACGAGAAUACAGAAAAAUUAUUGAUCGUUGUCAUAUACUAGGCUUCCUUGACAUCGCAAUUUUAAAGGAUAGUAAUUUCAUGACUUACUCACUUACUUUGGAGGCAGUCAAAUUAAACAAUGAGGCCGAAGAAAAAGAAAUAAAUGAGCAACUUUCACGAGCCUGUACUAACCUUGGAAUUUGUUACAACAGGGAAAACUUUCCUCUUAAAGCAUGUAUGAUCUUACAUCGAGUGCCAAUACCAUCAGCUAAAACCCAUUAUCAUCACGGGAAAGCUUUGCUGACCAUUGGAGAAUACAAUGCCUCAAUGACGGAGUUACAGAAAGCUCUUGUAUUAGAUCCGCGGAACGAAACCAUUAGAAAAGCUAUUCAGACAACGAAUGUAAAACAGCGUGAGUAUCUGGAGAUAGAGAAACGUUUGUUGAAAAAUUGCUUCAAGUCCAAGGAAGAACAAAACAAA